AUGGAUAGUUGUCUGGCUAAUUCCCCUGAAGAUAUAGUGAAGGAUAUUUUGGUGAGGUGUCUUGUGAAGUCGUUGUUGAGAUUCAAAUGCGUCUGUAAGAAUUGGUGCACUCUUAUCAAAACCUCUGAAUUUGUUCAACAACACUUGAAAAAUCAUAGCCCCCCUAAACUCUUGAUUUAUGAUAAUGGUGACAUUGAUGAUGAUGAGGACGACCUUUCCAUAACCUUGAUUUCCGAAGAACAUCCGCGAAGGUUCAUAGGUAUGAAACAACUCUUCGAUUCUGUGGAUGGCUUGUUUUUUAUGGUUGGAGAAAUUGAUCGUGAGGUUUCAUGUGCAUUAUGGAAUCCUGGGACUAGGGAGGUGAAACCCCUCCAUCUCCCUAUCCCAGUUGCCACAAUCCAUGAUUCCCCGGUGUUCGGGUUUGGAUUGGACCCCUUGACUUAUGACUAUAAAGUGGUUUACUUUCACAUGAAUAAUUUGUGUGAACAUUAUGCAUCGGUCUACUCGUGUUCUAGGGACUUGUGGAGAAUUUUCAAACCUAAAAUCCCCUACUUUACAGACGUCAAACACACAUUUGGUACUGCUUAUUUGAAUGGAACUUAUUAUUGGCUGCUAAUUGGGGGCCGCCAUAGUAAUUACACCAUUCUUUUGUUCGACUUUGGGAGUGAAAUGUUUAAAGAGAUUGAAGGGCCAGGUCAUCAAUCUGUUGAUACUAACAUGUUGGGUUUGAUGUCGGUUGAUAGUUCCAUUGCCAUCUUGAACUUAAACCCGCGUAUUGUGUUUGCUUAUGAUAUAUGGGUAAUGAUCCAACCAGGUGUAUGGAACAAACUUGUUACCUUUCAAUGCUUCUUUAGGAUUAAGUCUUGUUAUGAUAGCUCUCUCAUUUUGGCAACUAAAGAUUCUCAACUGGUCUCCUAUGAUAUUCGGACUAACAAGACGAGGCAUCUUGGAUUUCAACAUCCGGGCUUGAGAAAAGAUGCAGAGUAUGAUGGCGGUUGUGGAGUUUUUUUAUUAUAA